AUGGAAUCAACAAUAUCUAAUUUAACUUCUGAUAUUUUAAGGAUGGGAGAUUAUAGAAUUGUUCCAAGAUCAAGAUCUUGUGUUGUUUUAAGAUCCAGAUCUACUGUUGAACCAUCAACAAAAGUUUUGCUUACAAGAACAUCAAGUAUCCCUGAUUUUACAUCACAUAUUCGAACAAGUACCAAAUACAGACCAAAUUGGCCUUAUUGGUAUACAAGGGAUCUUUCAUUAUAUGAUGAUUAUUGGUAUGAUAAAUACUAUUAUUUUUCACCACUUUACCGAACAAGUUUUUUUCCAAGACGUUAUUCAUACUCGGAUUAUAUACCUAAUCCAUAUUAUUGGUAUCCAAGUUACUGGACAAAAUAUAAAGGAUAUUGGUAUGAUUCUGAUGUUCCUUAUUUUUAUCGUCGUUGGUAUUCACCAUCAUACAAUUAUUACACCUGGUACAGAAGUUAUCCCCAUUACACUGCUCUUAGAGAUGCUACUACAUCCAGCUUUGCAAAUGGUUUGGAAUUGUAUCGCAAUGGAAAAAUGACAUACGAUUGCCUUAGCCGUUAUUGGUUAACUCCAUCAUAUUGGGAUCGUCGUUAUCGUUACUGGACUGAUCUUACUCCAAUUUCAUCCUACACAUCAUACUAUACACCAUCAUAUUAUCAACGUCGUGCCCGUGAACUUUAUUUAACAUAUUAA